AUGUUUUCUAACCUCAUUGGCCACACUCGGGCCUUUCUCCCUCAAGGGAACUCUGAUGAUUACAUCGGGACUGGCGUUGGUGGCUUCGAUCAAACCCCUCCUCCAAGUUCACGCGUAUCCGUGGACAUGCCAAGAAGCGAGGAUAUGGGAUCAGAGGCUAUCAAAGAGUUGAGAGCGAACCAUGACCCCGUAUCUCUUGGUCAUCUUAAAUCACCAUUGACCGAUUCAGAGUUUUCUGGCACAAAUAAGUCGACUCCUCUUGCAAAGACUCGGCAAUUCGAACCCUCAGCAGAAACACUAAAUAUCCUCGGCGCUAUACCUGCCCCCCUUUACCACAAAACUUCUUUAUCACAGGACGGGAUGGCAAUACAGCACAGUCGUCUAGAAUCUUCGGUGGGUGGCCAGAAUGAACACGAAGUUGAAGAUAUUCCGGAGACUACAGGGAUUCUGUGCGCCGACAAUGACCUAAAGUCAUCACGAGGCGAGAUUGGCCAGCGGCCAACUUUGGAACAGAACUCGCCUAGAUCAAGAAGUGUCUUGUCGAACAAAGACUAG